AUGUCAGGCUCAACAGAUAUCACAAAUGUCUCCAUCAUUGCAUCUGGUCGGAAAGAAACAGUUGCCGGAGAGAUACCUCAGAAAGCACAUUAUUCCCCGCCCUGGGCGGACAUGAGCAUAAUCGGAAUUGCUGGAUCCUCAGGUUCUGGCAAGACAAGUCUGGCGGUAGAAAUUGUGCAGUCUUUGAAUCUUCCUUGGGUCAUUAUCUUGUCUAUCGAUUCAUUCUACAAGUCAUUAACGCCAGAGCAAAAUGCUUUGGCACACCGAAAUGAGUACGACCUCGACUCGCCGGACUCGAUCGAUUUUGAUCUCCUUGUAGAGAUAUUGAUGGAUCUCAAGAAAGGGAAACGGACCGACAUACCCAUUUACUCUUUCCAGCAACACCAGCGGUUGGACAAAACCGUCUCAAUAUACUCGCCGCACGUUGUGAUUCUCGAAGGGAUUCUGGCCUUGCACGAUCCGCGUGUGCUCGACCUCCUGGACAUGAAGAUCUUUGUUGAAGCAGAUCCCGAUGUCUGUUUGUCGAGGCGCAUCGUGCGUGAUGUGAGAGAGCGAGGUCGAACCAUUGAAGGGGUCAUAAAACAGUGGUUCCGAUAUGUCAAGCCUGUCUUCCAGACAUAUGUCGACCCGCAAAGAGAGAUCGCCGACCUGAUAGUGCCCCGUGGCAUGCAGAACAAGAUGGCCAUCCAGAUGAUCGUCAACCAGACCAGACAGAUCUUGAAGGGCAAGUCCAUCAGGCACAACGCAGAGUUGGAAAAACUGGGCCAGCAGAUCGAAGACUACACCCUCUCUGAAAAUGUCAUGGUCCUCGGUGAAACACCACAAGUUGUCGGCGUGUCGACCAUACUACGGAACCCGAUCACUAACCAAGUCGACUUCGCCUUUUACUUUGACCGAUUGACAGCACUCUUGAUUGAGAAAGCUCUCGAUUGCCACAACUAUGUCGCCACGGACAUCACAACCGCAACGGACUGUAAAUACUCUGGACUUAAAUCUGCCGGCAAGGUUUCUGCCGUGGUCAUCCUUCGAGGCGGAAGCUGCAUGGAGACCGGGCUCAAGCGAACCAUUCCAGAUUGUCUGACCGGUCGAUUACUCAUACAAUCCAACAUACGUACCGGUGAACCAGAACUGCACUAUCUCAAGCUGUUCCCAGAUCUUGCCGAACACGAAACUGUCCUGCUUCUAGACCCGCAGAUGUCGAGUGGCGGAGCAGCCCUCAUGGCCGUCAAGGUUCUAGUUGAUCACGGGGUCGCUGAGGAGCGAAUUGUUUUUGUCACGUGCAUGGCCGGGCGGCGGGGCCUGAAGAGGUUGAUGACUGUUUUCCCGAAGAUCAAGGUGGUGGUAGCUAGGAUCGUCGAAGAUAACGAGAAAAGGUGGAUGGAGGAGAGAUAUUUUGGCUGUUAG